UCUUCUAUCCAGCCUACCUAUCUGUAAACCCGGUUUGUGGCAAAGUGCUGCUCAUCAACCGUACAUAAGCAAGAGUUUUUAUCGCUAUUUUAAACUUAAAGUUACUGUUACAACAGCAACUUCUGUGUAGUUUAGUUUAUAGUUCCAGUUUAAGUUAUAGUUAUCAUCGAUUUUUUUAAUCGUUGUCCGUUAUCAAGCAGCUAAUCGUUUGCUGGGCGAAAGGAAACACACAAAACGCAAACCAUUAACGUUAGCUAUAAUAGAAUCCUUUCUGUCAUUUAUUUUUAUUAUAUUAUUUUGACCAGUAUCUUGCUACGUUACCUGCACCGACAUGGCUACUAAUCCUCCAGGACAAGCCUUUCCAAACAAGGCGCGGGUGGCGAUCCUGGCCGAGCUGGAGAAGGAGAGGAGACGGCUGAUGAGCACUCCUGGAGGCAGCAUCUCUCUGUCCAGACCUAGUCUGAAGGAGUUCAGGGACAACGCAGAACAGCAGCACAUCGCUGCCCAGCAGAAAGCUGCCCUGCAGCAUGCACACACACACUCCACAGGCUUCUUCAUCACUCAGGACUCCUCGUUCGGGAACCUCAUCCUCCCUGUCAUUCCACGCCUGGAGCCUGAGACUUCUUGACUUUUUUUUUUUUAUUUUUAAAAAAUUUGUCCUCCUGCUGCCCGGUGUGAGAAGACGGUUUCAAACAACACACAUCACGCACAUCAGACCCACAUGGCUCCCGGUUUCUCUCUUUUAAGUCUGGGAUUAAUGGGACAGUUGUCAGGCAGGUUGCUAACAAUCUCAGGGGGAAGGGGAAUCUGUCAUCUUUUUUACAUUUUCCAGACUAACAAGCUGGCUGCUGAAUUUAGGAAAGCUUUUCAGCAGCAGUCGGAAUAAGGUUCCAGAUAGCUGUGAAACAUCACGUGGAGGGUUACAGGGGCUGAAAACAAACUCUACAGAAAUAAAUGCUGUCCUGCUCUGUUGCCUUUUUACUGCACUCAUCCAUAAAAUGAACAUUUUGUCAAGGUUUUUACAUGAAUGGAUUAGUAUCCAUAUUUGGAUAAUAAAAUUGUCACACAAUUGUUUAUAUAUUGAAUAGAACUUUAUUUGAUUUUUUUGCAAAAAGGGGGCAGAUGGUCUAAAUGCAUAGUCCAUGGUAGAGCUGGGCGAUAUGGGGAAAAUCAAAUAUCACAAUAUUUUGGACCAAACAUCUCUGUAUCGAUUCUGUAGGGUUGACUAUUGGUGCCUUCACAAAAUAUUUUUGACAAAUACUCAUCAGUAAUGUGGAUAUAUAUAAGUGGGUAAAGGCAAAUGAUAAAACGGCUAGAACAGUCUCGUAAAUUCAGAAAAUUACAUCACUUCACAGUAAUACAGCCUUUAAAAACACGAAAAGACAACACU